GGACUCCAAAGGCCCUCGCCACUAACGACAUAUCCGCCAAGCCUUCAGGCUUCAUCUAAAGCCCUAAACCCUCCCCAAAUAAAGAAAGAGAGUCGAAAUGCAUUCCUUCCUGGGAUACUCGACUAAACUCCUGAAAUCUGAAUCCACGCCCUUCAAAUCUUUCUCAGUUAUCCACAACGUUUUCCAAUGGCGAUCCAUGUCCCAAUCCACCUCUAUACCCAAGAAGCAGCAACGAGUCCGCGACCACGGAUUCGACGAUUACAUGGAAGUGGAGAAGAAAAUCCGCAAAGUCCUCAAGUUCCAAGACCUCAUUCUCUCCCAACCCAGUUCAAUGCUCUCCAUUUCUCGAUUGGACGGCCUCUCCCGCCGCAUCGGAUUCAAACAGUUGGAAGCCGGUCGGUUUAUCCUCAAAUUCCCCCACGUUUUCGAAAUAUUUGAGCAUCCUGUUCAAAGAAUCCUAUACUGUAGGCUGUCACGCCAAGCCCACCUCCAAAUUCAGCAAGAAAAUCAAGCCCUUUUGGCUCAGGUUCCUGAAUCGGUAAUUCGACUCCGGAAGCUGUUAAUGCUCUCUAAUACUGGUCGCCUCCGUUUAGAACAUGUCCGGAUUGCCAGGAAAGAGUUUGGAUUUCCCGAUGAUUUUGAACUUUCUGUAGUUUUGAAGUAUCCGCAAUUUUUUAGAUUGUUUGAUGCUGUGGAGACGAGGAACAAGUACAUUGAAACUGUGGAAAAGGAACCCAAAUUGGCUAGAUGCGCUAUCGAGAGUGCCAGGGAAAGAGAGUACAGAGAGAAGGGUGCAGAUGCAGAGAAUAUUCGCUUUUCUUUUCUUGUUAAUUUUCCUCCUGGAUUUAAAAUUGGAAAGUAUUAUAAGAUUGCAGUUUGGAAAUGGCAGAGGUUGCCGUAUUGGUCUCCCUACGAGGAUGUCUCCAAGUAUGAUUUGAGGUCACUCGAGGCACAAAAGAGGAUGGAGAAGAGGGCUGUUGCAACGAUUCAUGAGCUGUUGUCUUUGACUAUAGAAAAGAAGAUAACUUUGGAGAAGAUUGCACAUUUUAGAUUGGCUAUGGAUUUGCCAAAAAAGCUCAAAGAAUUUCUGCUUCAGCAUCAGGGAAUAUUUUAUUUAUCUACGAGGGGGAAUCAUGGGAAGUUGCAUACAGUUUUUCUUAGAGAGGCUUAUAAGAAGGGGGAGUUGAUUGAGCCAAAUGAUUUGUAUUUGGCUAGGAGAAAGUUGGCUGAGUUAAUAUUGUUGAGUCCAAGAAAGGCCAAGGUGGACAAAGCAUUGGUUACCUAUAGGAGGGACGGAGAGGAUUAUGAAAUGGAUGGUGUCAAGAGAAACUUUGUAGACAAUGGAUUCGAUGGUUUUGCAACUCAGAACAACGGCAAGCAUGGUGGGGAAUCAGAACCCCAUCUAGAUUCCGAUAUAGAUGAUGAUGGUGCUUCUGAUUACUCAGACCAGGAUGAUAAAAGCGUACGUGUAGAGGGUGACCGUUUGACAGACUAAAUGCAAUGGGGAUUUCAACAGGCUAAUGUUUGUUUGGGAUGAAAAAUGCUAUUCUUGAGCUCCUGAAGAUUGAAAUCUCCUGACAUUUCUGACCCUGCAUCGCUAACACACACUAUUGUAUCUAGGUUAUUUCCUCUAGGCAGCUUUCCUAUGUUAUAUGAGUUUACGGGACAAAGCAAGAAAGGGAACCAAAAGGUGAGGGAAACGGUGAGAUACUGUUUUUCCUCGUGUUGGCGAGUUGAUGGAGGACAAAGAAAUCUUUUUUUUUUUAAUUGUCUGGGAAAUGUUUUCUUGGUGGUAUAUUGGGAAGAAGAAUGGUGUCUUGAACAAGUUUUCUCAUCUAUCCUUUUCUUCCCACUUCCCCAGCCGUGGAGGAAAUGGUCUGACCCUUCUGGAACCGUUUGUGAAAUAAAUGACAGAAUCAAACUUACUCUGUUGGGGCGUUGAGGGAUUUGAACCUAGGCAUUUGCCUGGGGAAAGGAUGGUUAUUACCACCGGCCACUACCUAUCUUUCAAGUGUCAGCUGCAUGGUUGUACAUUAUCAUAAUUGUCCUAGAAGAUCACUGUGGCAGUGAAGUGGUGGUAAAUGCUUGGCAACUUGUUUAAUGAAUAUCAACCAUAAUCAAUAAUAUGGCUAUGAAAUGAAUACUGAACUUUGUCAUUCUCAUAUUGUUCAUUUACUCGUUAUGAAGUAUUGUAUAUUUUUCCAUAAUCAUCUUCAACCAAUAGCAAUAGAGCCCAACUUCCAAGCAUUGCCAAUCUGAUGUGUUGCUAGAUUGUUUCUCCUUGCUAAUAGCUUUGUUUACUUCAGCAGUCUUUGAAAGGGAAUAAUGAGCCAACAAAACAACCCACGGAUUAUUUAGCUUCCUAAAAAAGAUGUAUUGUAUAGCUCUAAUUAGAUGAAGGAAAAAGGAGAGCUUUCUUUCAAAAACGUAAAAUCACAAAUUUGUUGCAUCCUUAAGGGGCAAUUAUUGCUUCAAUAGGAAGACUGCUAGAAAGGAUAAAAGGACAUACUGUUAUUGAUUGGGCUGCUUGGUACAUAGUUGUGGCGAUUAAAGAAAGCUCUCCUGGGUACCUCAAAAACGAUCGGGUGUCACAGACUGUUUGUGAUGGAUUGACUAAAAUCAGAAGUUUUCUGAGGCUGCUGUAGAACCUAAUUUAUGUAUUGGCUAAGUUGAACUACAAUCAUAGAAUGGUAUCAUCACAUCACGGCUUGCUUGAAAGUUUUGGUGGUUACAUUUGAAGAUCUCUCGUGCCCGCUGGCGAUUUGCUUUUUGGUUAUUUUCUCACCCAGUUUGCUCUGUAAUUUGCUUCGUUUCUGAAGGAGUUGCAAGGCUUGUGGUGUCUUUGCAGCGAUAUUAAGAGGGGGAGGCAGCCGACUUUCAUCAAGAGUGGCUCUCUUUCACUUUUUGCAUGCACUUACCUGAAGUUAUGGAUUGGGGAAUGUAAAUUGAAUUGAUGGUGCAUCAUCUACUCUCAGACGACACUGUGGUGGCUACCUGCAGUAGCAAAGGUUUCCCUGCUUGCUGGUGUGCUCACUUUGCUUCACACGAUGGUUACUUGCUGUUUUUAUUUUAUUUUUAUUUUCUCCCUCUUUUUUUUUUUCAAGGAAAUGUAGUGAGGUGCUCGGUUGGUUUAAAAACUGAGGGAUUGAGCGUGGGUUUAGCCUUUUAGAAAGCUAACAAGAAGGAUUUCAUCAUCUGUUUUUUCUGUCAAAGUUGCAUACUCAGGUUUUCUCGUCA